CGCGCCUUUCCCUCGCGGGCGGUCGAGCGGAGCCGGCCGAGCCGCCUGACCCCCCCCCCCUCCACCCCCUUCCAGGCCAUGGCGGGCAACGUGAAGAAGGGCUCCGGCGCCGGGGGCGGCGGCGGCUCCGGGGGCUCGGGCGCGGGCGGCCUGAUCGGGCUCAUGAAGGACGCCUUCCAGCCGCACCACCACCACCACCACCUCAGCCCGCACCCGCCGGGCGCGGUGGACAAGAAGAUGGUGGAGAAGUGCUGGAAGCUCAUGGACAAGGUGGUACGGUUGUGUCAGAACCCAAAGCUGGCGUUAAAGAAUAGUCCACCUUAUAUCUUAGACCUGCUGCCAGAUACCUACCAACAUCUUCGUACUGUCUUGUCAAGAUAUGAGGGGAAGAUGGAAACACUUGGAGAAAAUGAAUAUUUUAGGGUGUUCAUGGAGAAUUUGAUGAAGAAAACUAAGCAGACCAUAAGCCUCUUCAAGGAGGGCAAAGAAAGAAUGUAUGAGGAGAAUUCCCAGCCUAGGCGAAACCUAACCAAACUGUCCCUGAUCUUCAGUCACAUGCUGGCAGAACUGAAAGGCAUUUUUCCAAGUGGACUCUUUCAAGGAGACACAUUUCGAAUCACUAAAGCAGAUGCUGCAGAAUUUUGGAGAAAAGCUUUUGGGGAAAAGACAAUAGUCCCUUGGAAGAGCUUUCGACAGGCCUUGCAUGAAGUGCAUCCCAUCAGUUCUGGACUGGAAGCCAUGGCUCUAAAAUCCACUAUUGAUCUGACCUGCAAUGAUUAUAUUUCAGUGUUUGAAUUUGAUAUCUUUACACGACUCUUUCAGCCCUGGUCCUCUUUGCUCAGAAACUGGAACAGCCUUGCUGUAACUCACCCUGGCUACAUGGCUUUUCUAACAUACGAUGAAGUGAAAGCUCGGCUCCAGAAAUUCAUUCACAAACCUGGCAGUUACAUCUUCCGGCUGAGCUGUACUCGUCUGGGUCAGUGGGCUAUUGGAUAUGUCACUGCUGAUGGGAACAUUCUCCAGACAAUCCCUCACAACAAACCUCUGUUCCAAGCACUGAUCGAUGGCUUCAGGGAAGGCUUCUAUUUGUUUCCUGAUGGGAGAAAUCAGAAUCCUGACCUGACAGGGUUAUGUGAACCAACUCCCCAAGAUCACAUCAAAGUGACACAGGAACAAUAUGAAUUAUACUGUGAGAUGGGAUCCACCUUCCAACUGUGUAAAAUAUGUGCUGAAAACGAUAAGGACGUGAAAAUUGAACCCUGUGGACACCUCAUGUGCACAUCCUGUCUUACAUCCUGGCAGGAAUCGGAAGGUCAAGGCUGUCCUUUCUGCCGAUGUGAAAUUAAAGGUACUGAGCCCAUUGUGGUAGAUCCGUUCGAUCCCAGAGGAAGUGGCAGUCUUCUGAGGCAAGGAGCAGAAGGAGCUCCCUCACCAAAUUAUGAUGAUGAUGAUGAUGAACGAGCUGAUGAUUCUCUCUUCAUGAUGAAGGAAUUGGCAGGUGCCAAGGUAGAAAGGCCUCCCUCUCCAUUCUCCAUGACCCCACAAGCUUCCCUUCCUCCAGUACCACCACGACUUGACCUUCUUCAACAGCGAGUAUCUGUUCCUCCAAGCUCGUCUGCUCUGGGAACUUCUUCCAAGGCUGCUUCUGGCUCCCUUCAUAAGGACAAACCAUUGCCAAUACCUCCUACACUUCGAGAUCUUCCACCACCACCCCCUCCAGACCGGCCAUAUUCUGUUGGAGCAGAAACCCGGCCCCAGAGACGCCCCCUACCUUGUACACCAGGCGAUUGUCCAUCUAGGGACAAACUGCCCCCUGUCCCUUCCAGCCGCCUUGGGGACUCAUGGCUGUCCCGGCCAAUCCCCAAAGUACCAGUAGCUACUCCAAGCCCCAGUGACCCCUGGACCGGAAGAGAACUAACCAAUCGGCACUCCCUUCCCUUUUCACUGUCCUCUCAAGUGGAACCCAGAGCAGACGCGCCCAGGCUUGGAAGCACAUUCAGUCUGGAUACCUCCAUGAAUAUGAAUAGUGGCCCGUUGCCAGGCCCAGAAUGUGAGCACCCCAAAAUCAAACCUUCUUCUUCUGCUAAUGCUAUUUAUUCUCUGGCAGCUAGACCUCUUCCAGUGCCAAAACUGCCACCUGGGGAGCAGGGCGAGGGUGAAGAGGACACGGAGUAUAUGACUCCCUCCUCUAGACCUCUAGGGCUUCAAAAGCCAGAGCUGAAACGGCCUUUGGAGACAGCCCAGUGUGCACGAGCAUGUGAUUGUGACCAGCAGACUGACAGCUGUACUUACGAAGCUAUGUAUAAUAUUCAGUCUCAGGCACCGUCUGUCACUGAGAACACCUUGGGUGAAGGGAAUUUGGCUGCAGCCCAUGCCAACCCUGGUCCUGAAGAGCCAGAAAAUGAGGAUGAUGGGUAUGACGUCCCUAAGCCCCCUGUGCCCGCUGUCCUGGCCCGGCGAACUCUCUCAGACAUCUCUAACGCCAGCUCCUCCUUUGGCUGGUUGUCUCUGGAUGGUGAUCCCAUGACAAACUUCUCUGAGGGUUCCCAAGUUCCUGAGCGGCCCCCCAAACCAUUCCCUCGGAGAAUCAACUCUGAACGAAAAGCAAGCAGCUGUCAACAAGGUGGUGUCACUGCUGCCCCUGGCAGUGCCCCCUCGCCCCAGCUCUCCAGCGAGAUCGAGAGCCUCAUGAGCCAGGGCUACUCCUACCAGGACAUCCAGAAAGCUUUGGUCAUUGCCCACAACAACAUCGAAAUGGCCAAGAACAUCCUCCGGGAAUUUGUUUCUAUCUCGUCUCCUGCUCAUGUAGCCACCUAGCACAUCUCUCCCUGCCAUGGCUUCAGAGGACCCAAAAGCCAGGCUCAAGGAGCACCAAGGAGGGCCGAGGUUGCUUUGGGGACCUCACUGAGGUCCUGCCUUCUCCCCUGGGAUCACGUGAUGCCCAGGGUUCUAAGAUUUCAAAGCCGUGGAAUGAAAAUGGAGCAGCUAGUGUUUUGUUGUAUCAGUCUUGAGAGUGUAUUUGCAGGUGUCCUUCAGUGCCCACUUGGAGAGGAAUGGAGUGGGUUUUUAUUACAUGGUAGCCUACCUGGGGAGCUGGCCCACAAGCAGCAGAACAAGCAUUGUUUUAUAAACCCUAAUCGAGAACUUGAGGCUCUUCUGUGUUAGGGAUGUGAUCAUGUGUAUGUGUGUGUGUGUGUGUGUGCGUGUCUGUGAUUGUGUAUGUCCUAUAAUUAUAAGAUUAUCCUGCUGUGUGUGUUAAUCCCAGAUGGGGAAUAGCACAAAAGGUUCAGGAAGGAAUCUUUAAAGACUUCCAUCUACUGUGGUAUUGCACCUAACCCUAGUGUGUAUUACAGCUUCAACACUCCCUUUUGGCUUAGAUUAUUAUGUGCAUAGCUGAAGUCUUUUAUGUUGAGAACACCUUCCUCCUCUGUUUUUUUCCCUUAUCAGUAUCCUUCUCCUCCUCCUUUUCCUCCUCUUGGUGUUCUGUCACUGGCAGUGGGCUUGCUGUGACCAGUCUUACUAAAGUCAAGCAGCUUAUAAGAUACUCCUUAUGAUGUGUCAUAUUGUUGGUUUAUUUUAGAGCUAGGUAGAAGGGAAAGUGCUGUUGCUCUGUUGUUACAGUCAUGCUUGAUGCUAGCUAGCAACUAACCCUGGUCAUUCCAAAGUGCAGUUUAUAUAGGAGCAUUGAAUUUGUUAAAAUAAGAUGUUUGAAUUAUCCUAAUACAUAACGACCAAUUUGAGAUAGAGGCCUUCAAAUACAUUCCGUGUUCUCCCUAGGAUGCCGUCUGGGGAGUUGUUGCCUUGGUGCCAGCCAGGUAUGUGUUUUGGUGCAGAUCAGGAGUCUUUCUACUUAAUGGAAAGGGAAGAACAUUGAUUCCAGGGUGACUUUCUGGCUUAAGUACCAUGAAACUUUAGGAAGUUGCACUCACAUGCUAUUUUGCCGCACAAAAUAGACGAUAAAAAUUUGUCUGUUCAGUUUUUAUUCCCAGUAAAUCAAUUUCGGUUUAUAUGGUAUCUUUUGAAUAUGAGCCGGGGUAGAAUUUCAGUAGUAAUUUUUUGUCUUCUUUUUUUUUUUUUCUUGCCAGUCCUGGGGGUUGAACUCAGGGCCUGAGCACUGUCCCUGGCUUCUU